AUGAAAACUAAAUCUUAUAACGAUGAAAAUAUCGAGGUUAGUCAAAAGAAAUAUCUCAAGAACACAAGAAAGUUGCUGCCCAAAAGAGAGAUCCUUGGCGAUGUCACUCAAUUGAACGAAUACAAUUUGAGAAACAAGUCCUUAGGACUCUCCCAGCAGGAUGCUAAGAUUGCCAUUUACAAGUCUAAGAAACCAAAGCUAGUGAGCUCUAUUGACGUUGAGACAGAUGAAGAACUCGAGGAUGACACCAUAAGACAACAUUUCGACCACGUCAGUAGCGAUAAUAUCACUGUUGAACAGCAGCUGCAUAUGCAAAUCCCUAAGGAUAUUGAAGUCGUUAGAGAAGAAGAUGAAGAAGAAGACGUGGAGGCUGCAAACAAAGAGAACCAACUCGACGUAAGUAUUGCAAAGGAAGUUAUUGACGUAGACGAAGAAGAUGAAGAAGCAGAAGAAGAAGAAGAUGAGGAAGAAAGAGAUCUCUUUCGCGCUAUGGAGCCCAUUUGGAAUAGAUCAAUAUUCAACGAAUUACAGCAUGUGAUGAAAAAGUUUUCAAGAAAUACUUUAGAUGAUGACGAUGAAGAUACUUACGAUGUCACCAUGGUUGCAGAGUAUGCACCUGAGAUAUUCAACUACAUGCAUGAGCUCGAACACAAAUUGGCACCAGAUGCCAACUAUAUGAACAACCAAGAUGAAUUGAAGUGGGAAAUGAGAAGUGUAUUAAUAGACUGGGUUGUUCAAGUUCAUAGCAGAUUCAAUCUAUUGCCAGAAACGUUAUAUUUAACUGUUAACUACAUAGAUAGAUUUCUAAGUAAGAGGAAAGUUUCAUUAUCAAGAUUCCAAUUGGUUGGAGCCGUUGCAUUAUUUAUAGCUGCAAAAUAUGAAGAGAUCAACUGCCCAACUGUUCAGGAAGUUGCAUACAUGGCUGAUAAUGCCUACAGCAUAGAUGAUUUCCUAAAGGCAGAACGAUUUAUGAUCGAUGUGUUGGAGUUCGAUUUAGGAUGGCCAGGUCCAAUGUCAUUUUUGAGGAGAACCAGUAAAGCUGAUGAUUAUGAUUAUGAGACCCGAACUUUAGCUAAGUAUUUCUUAGAAAUAACCGUUAUGGAUGCAAGAUUUGUUGCUAGUCAGCCAAGUUGGUUGGCUGCAGGGGCCCAUUACUUAUCAAGAAGAUUAUUGAAUAGAGGAGAAUGGACCGAAGCGCAUAUUUUUUAUUCGGGCUACACCGAAUUACAAUUGAGACCAUUAGCAGAAGUUAUCUUGAAUAACUGUCGUGAUGCUCCAACACACCAUAAGGCAAUCUUUGAAAAAUACCAAGAGCGUCGCUACAGAAGAUCAGCCACUUUUGUUCAAGAGUAUUUCCAAGCUAUCGAUAGUUAA